AUGCCUGCUCCCCUGGGGAACAUCCCCGAUUUAAAGAUUGACGAGUCGGCAGAGCCGACAGUUGAGGAGCCUGUUUCUGAACUGUACUCACAUCCCAAUGGCUCAAACUCGUCGUUUACACAUUCAAACGCCUACCGCUACUCGCGAUCGCGCUCUCCCAAACGUGUCUCGUCACCAAUAAGAAAAGGCUCUCCUACGCGCCAGCAGCCUUUCAGGUUCGGAUCCAUCACAAUGAAUAACUCUAACGAGAAUCUCUCCCUGAAGCCUGGAAGCGCGCUCCCCAUGAAUGGUCCAAGAGCUUCGUACAGACGUGGUCACAGAUAUAAGCAUUCUUCUGUGUCGAUGAACAUGUUUCAAGAGCCGCCCAAACGAACAUCGGUGCCCAUUCCUCAACAGUACCCUCUUCCAACUUACAAAGAAGUGGUGGCAACCCUGAGUUUGCCAGAUAAACUUAAGCUGACAUACUGUGGUUUCCUGAUUUUGCUCAGCCUGGCAACCUAUUUAAUAGGCUUCAAAUACGGCAAUCUGUGUUUGUCAACGCUUUCGCAUCUCGUCUUUUAUGACUCCAUAGGCAACUUGAUAACGGUGAUCGUGCAGGUCAUGACCAACUUUCCAAUAUGGAACGACUCGUCGCUGAAAUAUCCGUUUGGACUCGGCAGAAUAGAGGUGCUGGCCGGCUUUGGGCUGUCGGUAUCUCUUCUCUUUGUGGGUGUUGAUCUUUUUUCGCAUAUUUUUGAGAAUAUAAUGUUCACCCUCGCUCUUGGAGACCUCGAUGAAGCAGCACAUGCUCACCAUGUUCACGGCGAAAAGGGACAUCUCAACCUGAUGUUUUACGAGUGCUACCUUUUGGCGAUCUGUUUUGUGACGCUUCUGUCACCUCGACUAAUUUCCAAAAUGAAAAAACCAGCCGAGCCAGUCGUUUCGCGUCCAAAAAGAAUAAGCUCCAUCACCCUACAAGAAGAGCCAGUGGUUAGUAUUAAGUCGCAAAUCAAAAAGACACAAAACCAACUCUCCAAUUAUACAAGCAUUCUGUCGAUUGGAUACGCGACCUACGCCAUGAUGUAUCCCCUACUUGCGCACAUAGAGCUGGUGACGGUUGUGAACGAGCUUUCUAGCUUAAUUUUGGCCUUCACGGUGCUAUUCUUAGCAUGGAGACUGAUCUCUCGCCUCUCAGGCAUACUUCUGCUGCGCAACCCGCGCACCGACAUCGAGCCUCGCAUUGUCCAGAAUAUACAAUCAUUGGAAGUGUACAAAUCGUCUUACAAGAUUGGACGGCUCAAGAUCUCCAAGGUUAACCACAAAAUAUAUGUGGUUAUUCUCAGCAUGCGCAUGGCUGGGGCCUCCGACGACGACGAGUCGAAAAUGAGGUUCUAUGCUUCUCGAAUUAUCCGCAGCAUUAUGUGCCAAGAUGAGGCGGCAGAGGUCGAUCUGAACGCCGAGUUCGACUAUAUGGACCAAUCUGGCGAGCAGUUCGAAAUAACCAUCGAUAUCCAACGCGUGUAG